AUGACUUCCAAGCAAGAAGUGGAUUCCACGCCGACAACGACACCGGCGACAACCUCAAUUGAGCAGGAUGGAGCUGCUGCCGCAUCCAAAUCCGGGGACUUUGCUCCAAUCGAUGCGGUCGAUCGGGUCCGUUCAGUGGUCCGCACCAGUCGACUCGAAAAGACUCUCGAAGAGCAACGUCACGGCGACAAGAAUGACCCUGUGUCCCGUUGGCAGCGAGGCGGGCUCAUGGCAAGACAGUUAGGCCAGCAGGAUUCGGCGCCCGACCCGGCCGUCAGAGGUCAAGCAGCAGUGCCGCCGCAUCGCCCUACCAAGUCCACGUCGUCUCCCAAACCUUCCGACGGCCCCGUCAACUCGAUCACCCAACAGCUGCAAGGCACCAGCUUCUUUGACAAGCUUCCUUUCUCCUUCAAUACCGAUGCUGAGAAGCAAGAGUUCAUCGAGGAGUCCAAAGUGCUCACGAAGCGCCUAGAAGAUCAGAACUGGCUAGAGAUGCUUGAUCCUAAACAUCGCUACGGCAGCAAUCUCAAACACUAUCACCGCUACUGGAACACAAAAGCCGACACCAAGCAAAACUUCCUUCACUGGCUCGACGAGGGCGAAGGCAAGGAUCUCAGCUUAGAAGAGUGUCCCAGGUCGAAAUUGGAAGAUGAGCGCAUCAGCUACCUCACCGCUGAUCAGCGUCGAAACUAUAUGACCUACAUCGACAACGACGCAGCAUCCACAUCUCCUGGUCACUUGGAUGAGCUGCGGGCCCAGUUGAAACAUUCAGGCAGGGGUCGUCUACGAUGGUGUCGCACAGGAGAACUUGUCAACACAUCCAAGUAUGACCAUGGCGACCUCGGAAAAGGUAGGGGGAUCGCUCUGCGUGAGUCACAGGAAUGGCAGGAAGCGAUUGCUACCGGUGAUAUCUGCGAAGUGGUCCGCGAUGACAAGAUCAAAUUUCGCCGGACCAACUCAGACCAAUCUUCCGACAGCUUCACCUCGGAUUCCAGUUCAUCAGACGAAGCGCUUUCUGCGACGGAAAGCACACCCGUGCGGAGCGAGCAGCAAGAGUCUGGCAUUGCACCCACUAUGAUAGCUUCAAAGAAGGGUCCACCGUCGAAAGUGAGAACAAACCCGGACGAAAAGCAGCAGACCCGAAAGGAAAAGCUUCUAGAAAAGGCAAACUUGGGUCCCAAGUAUCUCAUCAAGCAGAAGCUCGGCUUGUAUCCCUCGGCUGAUCGUCAGCAAAUUGUCAAAGCCAACUCCGAGCAAGCUGACCAACAAGACGACGCAGCUUCGCAUCCAGACGCUCUCAUCCGCCGGCGCAAAGCGGAUACGUGGAUCUUUGUGACCGAUCUUUCGUACAACAUCUAUGUUGGAAUCAAGCAGCGCGGCCGGUUCCAGCAUUCUUCGCUCCUGGCAGGAUCCCUUGUCACUGUGGCAGGCGUACUCAAGAUCAAAGACGGUGUCAUCGUAUCAAUAUACCCGUGGAGCGGACACUACCGCUCUUCGUCUCAGCACUUCGAAGAAUUCAUUCGGCGGUUGCAGGAGCGCGGACUUGACACAAGUCAGAUCAACGUUACCAAGAGCAAGUGGGUCAUCGAGGUAGUCAAUCGAUACGGCAUGUUUCGGAAGAAAAAGGACCGUAAGAUCAAGGACCUCAGGGACAAGGUUAGGGAGGCGUGGGACUCGCACACAUCCUCGCCACCCACUUCAUAA